AUUGUGGCUAGCUAAAGAUAUCAUGUGAGUAAUGUUUUUCAAAAAGAUUGUUUUAGAAAAAGUAGUUGUACUAGUUGCAAUCUCUAAUGAAAUUUUCUCUUUAGGAUAGGAUAACAGUAAUGGGAGCAUGAUCAUGUUUAUAAGAGAAUCAAAUCAUUUACCUUUUUCUUAGUAAACUUUAAUUUGAGAAGUAUAGGUGAGAACUCAAAAAUAAUGAUAAUUUGUCUUUUUUUCUUUUCUUUUUUCUUCUCUCUAAUAUAUUCCCUGACUUGUCAUCUACAGUUGAAUGGGGUAUUCUUUUGUUUUGUUUUUAAGUAGUUGCACUGUUUACUGUUUUUGCUAUUUAAUUAAAAGAAAGGAUUUUGAGAAUGUCAACAUCUCAAUGGUGGCGGGUCCAUGUGAUACAUGUUUUUUUCUUUUCCAUUCUAAGCUUCUUUCCUAUGAAGAUUCUCAUUAGAAAAACUAGAGCUGUGUGCUAAGUAAAUUGCAAAUACAUAACUCAACUAAUUUUUCCUUUUUAUUUCUUCUAAAGCUUAAUUUUCAAGAACUGUUUCAGGGGGAAUAAGUAUAUACCAAAUUUUUGCCCAUUAGUUCAUUGAAAUGUCCAACUAACCAUAAUAAACUUCUAAUGAAGGAUAUUUAUUAGUUUAAAGGAUACUUUUUUGGACCCCCAGAGUGUUUAUUUUUGCUCUUUAUAGCUUUUAUGAAUAUCUUCUUAGUAUUAAGUUAACUACAUGUAUUAGCAUGUUUGUGGUUAGUUUUUCUGGUUCUGCUGUUUUCCAUCAAAUAUGUGGCUCUUCUACUCAUCAAAGCAAUCAAAAUUAGAUCUUUUGCUCAUCUCAGCUUAUGGAAUCACUUCCCCUCCCAAAUAUCAAAUGGAUAUGCCCAACAGCUCCUACUCGUCCUGUUGCAGUCCUUGGCGGUUUUCCAUGCACUGCUUGGUUUGAUGUUGGUGAGCUUUCAGAAGAUGGUCCUGAUGAUUCGGAGGGUUUAGAUGCUUCAGCAGCACAUAUUGCAAAUUUGUUGUCAACUGAACCCCCAGAUGUUAAAGUUGGUAUUGGAGGCUUUAGUAUGGGAGCUGCUAUGGCCCUAUAUUCUGCAACUUGUUUUGCCAUGGGAAGAUAUGGAAAUGGCAACCUAUACAAUGUGAACUUAAGGGCAGUCAUCGGUCUAAGUGGCUGGCUUCCAGGAUCAAGGAACUUGAGGAGCAAAAUAGAAGCAUCUCACGAGGCUGCAAGGCGAGCUGCAUCGUUACCUAUUUUUCUCUGUCAUGGAAACUGUGAUGAUGUAGUUCCUUACAAGUAUGGAGAAAAGUCAGCACAAUGUUUAAGUUCAGCAGGAUUUCGAUACCUUACACUAAAACCAUAUGAAGGGCUUGGUCAUUAUACAAUUCCUAGAGAAAUGGAUGAAGUCUGCAACUGGCUUAUUUCAAGGCUUGGACUCGAGGGCUCGCGCUGAGAAUUUUAAUUUAAUUUAAUUUUUUUUUUUUUGGGUGAAGAAGAGAGGUUGUAGUUGGAGAUGAUAAGGGAAUAAUAGUUAUAAAAAUAAAAAUGCAUAUGUAAAAGUAGAAUUGAGGCAUGGGCUAGAUGAUGUUAUAGGUAAACUAACCUCAUAGUUUUCCUUUUGUCUGUCCUAAAAAUAAAGUUUUGGAUGUGGUUUUGUUUUCUUUUCUUUUACUUGUAGAAACAUGAUAGUUAUUAUUCUUAAUAUUAAAUAUAUUCUAUUUGGUA